GCAUUGACGGUCACUAUGGCAACGGCUGUUUACUCUGAGCAGAGGACUUUGUUUCAUUUCUGAAGAAAUACUUGGUGGUGUAUACUCUCCUAUAACCUGUUUUUUUUUAUCCUUUAAGCUCUUCAUCAAGUCUAUAUCGUUAGUUACUUUGCAUAAUCAGUCUGCAAGCUGGUUCCACUAAAACCAUUAAGAACAUAUGAUGUCACCAGGAAGGUUUUAAGGUGUGUCCUGACAGACCGCGUGCCAGCAGCAGGAGCCGGGAGAUCAGGAUGUCAGAGGAGAGUGGACUUUCAGACGAAGGUCCACGGAAAGUGUCCUACAUUUUCCCGAAUGGGGACAGUUAUGAAGGAGAAAGCAUUAAAUCUGAAUCAGGAGUAGUGAUGAGAAGUGGGCCGGGCACACAGAUUUCAGCCAAUGGCGUUGUGUAUACCGGAGAUUGGCAGGAGGAUCAGUCGUCACUUCCCCCAGAUGAAUGGCAGAGGAACCGUAGCCUACCCAUCGGGGGCGAUCUACGAAGGGGAGCUUAAGGACAACAGGUACCACGGUAGAGGGACCUACACCUUCCCAGACGGGUCCAAGUACACGGGCGCCUUCUUCAACAACAGGCUGGAAGGAGAAGGGACUUUCACAUGCCCAAAGGGAUUGGUUUGGACUGGAGAUUUCCAUGGCAAAGCAGCACUAGGCCUCAAACUGCAACAUAAUUUCUGACACGCAGACAUACACACAUUUGUAUAUGGUUUCGGGGGAGGUAAUGCCCAAUGCGCCUAGUAAGUAAUCUCAGACAUGAAUAAAGCCAUGAAGAAUAAAGACAUGAAGAAUAAGACCUUGCCUAUGGCAAGUGUACCGGAUACGAGUGGACUGCCGCUGCAAGUCAAUAAUUUUGCAGGAAAAAAAACUCAUUUUGAUUUUGAUUAACUUCCACACCGGCAUGUUUAAUAGAGGAAGCCUCGACACCAAUUACAAUUCUCCAUCUUAUAAGGACAAAUUGUAUUAUGUGUCAAUGUUUUAUUUUCUUAACCCAAUUUGGAUUUUGUACUCUUUUGUAUUCAUGUGUUGUACUAAACAUUCGUUCUUUUCACUUUGCAUGGACAUCUCGUUCGUCACGUUUUUGUUAAGGUAACAAAUGUAUUUGUUAAACAGUAGUUUUGUAAACACUGUUUUAUGCAUCCUCCUAGCCACGCUGUGAGUUCUAUCCUCUCGUGGUGCUUGUAUUAACAUACCAUGAGAGAGAAAAUGUACUGUAGAAUGAAAGCCAGUGCAUUAGCACUUUAAUCCCCCGCAGUCCAAUCAGAUGAGACAUAGAAUAUGCCUGCAACCAACCAACAUCUGUAUGCUAACCACUUACUCAUCACCCGGAGGGGGGGGGGGGGGUGGGUGUGUGUGUGUGUGUGUGUGUGUGUGUGUGUGUGUGUGUGUGUGUGUGUGUGUGUGUGUGUGUGUGUGUGUGUGUGUGUGUGUGUGUGUACGAUCCCGCUAUUCUUUGCUGGAAAAUAAUUGUUAACAGUGUCAUGGAUAUCAGUGUCUUAUUAAUUGCCUCACAUAGGCCUAUACAUUUUAUAAUCUUCAUUAAUUUAUCAGUUGAACCGAAUACGCCUUUCUGUUCUAGCCGUGGCACCUGUGCACUCUUCAUGAGACACUGACAUAUAACAGUUAAUAAAACAAUACAAAACAUCAAA